UUGAUUGUGUGUGAGUGAGGGAGGGAGGGAGGAGUUGGGUGUUGCCUCGGUCUUCGAGCUGAAGUCAGGAUUCCCAGUCGACACUCAGUCCCUGUUACACACGUCGUGAGACACUCGGCCCACUACACUGCCACCGUCCUGUAUAAACUCUUUCUCCGAAUACAUUUGACUAAACGGACCAACAUGGGAGUCGAAGGCUGCACCAAAUGUAUCAAGUACCUGCUUUUCUUCUUCAACUUCAUCUUCUGGCUCGCGGGAGGUGUGAUCCUGGGCGUGGCCCUGUGGUUGAGACACGACCCCAAGACCAGCAACCUGCUGGAGCUGGAGCUUGAUGGAGACCCCGCCCCCAGCACCUUCUACAUCAGUGUCUACAUCCUGAUCGCCGUCGGCGCCGUGAUGAUGGUGGUCGGUUUCCUCGGAUGCUACGGCGCCAUCCAAGAGUCCCAGUGUCUUUUGGGAACUUUCUUCGCCUGCCUGGUCAUCCUGUUCGCCUGCGAAGUGGCAGCCGGAAUCUGGGGCUUCAUGCACAAAGGCACCGUGUCGAAGGAGAUGAUCAAGUACUAUGACUCCGUGUACGAAAAGGUCGUCUCAGAGACCCUGACCACCGACCCGAGCAAGAGAAAGGCCGCCGCCACCGUGCUCAGGGUCUUCCACGAGACGCUGAACUGCUGCGCUAAAGGCUACGCGUCCUCCAUCCUGAUGCAGAUGUCGGACAAGUUCGGCCUGACUAACAUCUGCCCCAAAUCUGGGAUGUCAGUUGAUUGCCACAAGAGGAUCGAAGAGUUGUUCACAGAUAAGAUCUACCUGAUUGGUAUCGCCGCCCUGGUGGUCGCAAUUAUUAUGAUCUUCGAGAUGAUCUUCAGCAUGGUGUUGUGCUGCGGGAUCCGCAACAGCCCGGUGUACUAAAGCAACGGGCCGCCGAAGGAGGGACGAGCACGCAGCGUCUCCCGUCUCGCUCUUUUUCAUUUUCUUUUAUAAAAGCAGGAAACGUUACAUAUAUUGCUUGCUGGAUUUAGUCGGCUCUUUGAGAAGACAACGUAGACCAUCCUCCAUUGAGCAUUUUAAUUACACUGUCUUUUUUUUUUUUUUUUUUUUUUUUUUUUUUUUUUUUUUUUUUUUUUUAGUUAGUGACAGAUAAUGUUAUGCAUAUUUGACCAGUGCUAUCCUAACCCCGAUAUGUAGAUAUUAUAUCACACUGUUGCACAUGAAUGACGUCCGCUGUUGCUCUAAUCCUUUAGUGACGCAUUAGUGGUUUUACUGCUUCCUCCGCCUAUGAACAUGGUCUUAUAUUCUUGGAUUUAAUGGAUGUUUUUUCACUGUUUUAUGUAUAAACUGUAUAUAAAUAUCUAUAUUAACAGUGCUUUAUGACUGCCGAAGCAUGCAAAUUGCAUUGCAGUAGAUCCUUCUCCUGUAUCCUUCCUGCUCUCUCUGCUUGUCCGUCUUGCUCUAGACUAAAUCAGAUGAUGGCGCGCGUGACCGGCACCGGCACCAGUGAAGCGCUAGAGUCGGCCUCGCCGCGCCACACGAGAGGUGAACACACACGCAGCCCCUGUCCUACAAGACCGUUGUCCUGCUUCACACCCACGCCGCUGUGUGAUGUCUGCAGGAACUGACUAAAGAAGGAAUCUCAGUUAUUUCUUGGAUGCUGGAACCAAAGUCAAAGUGACCCGAUGUCUGUCGUUUUGGCCCCGUGGAGGUUUUUGUUGACCAUUUGUCUUCGGCCGUUUGUUGUUCAUUGUGUGUCCAAAAUUGUCUUGAGUGCUCAGUUGUAUGAAAACCUUGAAGGAAAGUUUGGCCUAGCCUGGUCCCAGACUUAGGAAUCACCACCUGCAUCACAAAUUUAGUCAAAAAGUUUCAACUGUGGUAAACAAAAGGCCAUUCCUUCUGAGUGUUAUCUUUUUGUACGAUUUUCUCCCGACAACAACAGGAGUAGAAAUAUUUCUGGAAACCCGCCCCUUUGGUGCAAUCUUUAUUAAAUAACUGAUUAAUCAAAAAGAGGAAAAAAAAACUUAUAAGUUUUAUACAACUGUGCACUUCUUUGUGGAGGCAAUGUGCUUAACACUAUAAUCUCUUAAAUCAGAGGACUCAGAUUGAAAUAUGACCCGUAACAUCUUCACGUGAAGCAGGUUGCCUCACAUCUAGCGGUGCUCCUGAUGCAUCCAUGUAUUGGCCACGUGUUUUUUUUUCCCAACAAUCUUGUUGACCGCCGACACAUCAGCCACCUGUCCCAGGUUGCUCAGCUCUGUAGGAACUUAAUUGACUACAUGCUCGUAGAGGAAGCGCACGGUGAGACUCCAGCUCGUAGCCAGCGCUACCGCAGAAAGAGCCUUGGUUUGGCGCUCUGAAAAUCUGGGUUUGCCUCGAUCUGGUUAAGUCUAGUCCUGACUAGUCCCGUCUCAUCUGACCUGCUUGUGUCGUUGUACUAUCCCUCCUCGUCCCCGCUCGUGGUGGUAACUGUUGCAAGGCGAAGAACGGAGACUCCUGGAAGUCACAACAUUCGGAGAAGAAGUAGUUCCAGCAUGUAGCUCCCCUUAAAAUGCAAAACCUAUCCGUGGUAUCUCGUGAUUAAUUAUCUCGUAUUUGAUUGCAUUUAAUUUCACAAGUGGUCACUUGAUUCUGUUUCUGUGACUGUCGCAGGCUGAUUGCAUUGGUGAUACUGACCACCGACAACAGGUCAGUCUCACCUGCCUGCUGAAGUUCAGCCAAUCGGAUCGCUCCCACCUGGUCAACCGAACGUGCCGUUUAUCUAGUCCAGCAGUGCUUCUUUUUUUUAAUUUUCUUUUUUUUUUUUACUUCACCGCAAAAUAUUGUUGUCCUGAGGUCUGCCACACCGCACAUUAAGUCACAUCGUCUCGUGUAACCUCACAUAUCAUCGCAGCUUUUUGUCGGUGGACUAAAUUUAAAAAAACAUGUCUCGUUAACAUUUCAUACUUAAACCGAGAAACAGUAAAAUAAAUAAUGUCUUGUAAUAUUUACAGCUCUGACGUACUAACAAAAAUCAUGAAGGCUGUAGAAAGACAAUAUAUGCCUUUUUUUUCUUCUUGUAUUGUGAUAUCAGUGUUUGGUACAUCGUCAAAGGAGUCGAGAAAGAAAGGGAGAUAUUUUGUGGCAGUGGUGACUGAGAAGAAGUCAAACCUUUCAAUGCAUCAGCUAGCUUCUCCCCCAGGAAUCAUUGGAAAUAAAGUAAAGAAUUAUGACAACAGCCACCAGUGCGGUGUUCCCCAAUAACGAGGGCGCUAGCUGUGUUUCUCCGACUGCUGUCCAUGUUGCCGCCCUUUUUUUAAAAUUUUGGGAACUGACACUCGGGACCCACUGCCACUUGGAUCUCAGCCCCUUUCUACUCUUGUAGACUUCGGUUUGCCCAAAUAUAAAGGGAUUAAAUGUAUUUUACAAAUAAAA